AUGACUGAGAGGCAGGUUUAUAAUGUCUGCCUUUGCACGUUAGUUUUCCAGCAAGUUUACCAUACUAACAUGCUAUUUUUUACAAAAGUAUAUGCAUAUUCUCAAGUUUGUAAUACUUGUUUUGGUAUCUCUACGCAAUGGGUAAAAUUGAAGAGCAGACAAGCAAUUGUUUUGGGAAAGACAAAGGUCCUUGGUAAUGGCCAGCCUAUCGUUGCAACGAGAUCUUAUUCUGGAAAAGAGAGCAUCAUUGCUGGCCCAAAUGAGUUUGAAAUAAGUCCAAGUGGGCAAAACCCUGCCUUUGACUACAUUUCUAAUACUGAUAAUAAAAUACACAGGUUGAGAAUGGACAAUGUUACAUUCAAAGGAAUGGGCUUAAGAAGUGAUAUUAUUCAAGGACUGGAGAGCUUGAAGAUUAGUCAGCCUACUGUUAUUCAAAUAAAGGCCAUACCUAGAAUAUUGGAGGGUAAAAAUGUUUUAUGUGCUGCACAAACCGGUUCAGGUAAAACACUUGCAUAUUUAGUACCAAUAUUGGAUGUUAUUAAGAGACAGGAAGAAAAUGGUAUUAUGACUAGAUUCCAACGCCCUCGGGUAUGUAUUGUGGCACCAUUUAGAGAACUGGCUGUGCAGAUCUUAACUGUGAUAAAGGAAAUAUCACAUCAUGUACCUGUGAGAUCUCUUGGAUGCAUUGGUGGUGGGAAAGAUAGGCUUAUGCACAAAGGGUUAAAAGAAAGACCAAUUGACAUAAUAGUUGGUACUCCAGGAACAGUUCUUGAUUUAGUCAGAAAGAGGAAGAUAUUUUUUACUGAUUUAAACUAUCUAGUAUUUGAUGAAGUUGAUACAAUGUUUGAUGCGAGUUUCAAAGGCAUUUCAAAUGAAUUGUUUGAUAACCUUUCCCCACAUAUUAACAACUGUGGGGAUGCUAAAGUCAAUUUUCAAAGCAAAUUUGUAUUUGCUGCAGCAACUGUUCCAAAGUUUGGAGUCCUUAAUAAAGUCAAAGCUGUUGUAAAAGAUUUAGAGGUUAUAACAUCAAGAUUGCAUCACAUAUUACCCCAUGUUAAAUAUGUUUUCAUAAAAGCCUUACAACCUGAUAAGCCAUCACAAUUGAUCAAGCUUUUGUGCUCAAGAAUCACCAAAGAGAAGAAAUCUGUUAUAUUUGUAAAUUCUUCAUCAACUUGCAAUUGGCUUUCAAAGUAUCUAGAACAAAACUCCAUCAGGCAUGUAAAACUAACAGGAAAAGACAAGCCAGAUGAAAGGCAUAAAGUCUUUCAAGAUCUGAGAGCAGGAGGGAGUGAAGUUUUGUUGUGCACAGAUAUUGCAUCAAGGGGUUUGGAUUUCCCAGAUUUGUUUUAUGUUAUAAACUAUGAUUGUCCACUGAAUCCUACAGACUUUAUUCACAGAGCUGGAAGGACAGGUAGAGCAAGGGCGGAGUAUUUUGGUGUCCCUGAAGUUUAUACAUUUCUUUCAAAAAAUUGGGAAGUUAUGCUUGCAAGGAAAAUACAGUCAGCUGCACUCAGUAAAAAGGAAGUUGAAGAUGUCACUGUAAUUAAACGUUUAAAUGGACCUCUAGAUAUUGCUAAGUGAUGAAAGGAAAUUUAAUGUAAUGACAGAAAUGUUUUUUCAAAUGAAAUUUUAUUUGGAACUUAGUAUUAUUAGUAUUACAUAGCUUUUGUAGGUUAUUAGCUGAAAUCAUUACCCAGAAAAUUAAUAACCCAGUCUUUCUUACUCAGUUAUAUCUGCAUGCAUUUAAUCUUCUUUUACUUCCACCAACAUCUUUGCAUGUUUGUCCCAACAUAUUUUCAUAUUGUCACAUGUUUCAUAUAGGAACUCCUUCUUCUUUGCACUCCAAAAUAUUUUUAGGUCAUGCUCAUGGCCAUUGGCAUGUGAUGUUGUCUUGAAAAUUCUAGUUUUUCCACUUUUCUUCAUGUCUUCUGCUUCUUUGCUUGUUAAUGUUAUAGUGUGGUGAUGAAGUGUUGUAGAGGUUACUCUUGAGCCACCAGUUUUCAAAAUUAUGUUGGUUUCAUUCUUUGCCCCAUUGUCUCCAUCCUUUGCCUCCUUUAUGUAUGGGUGAGAUUCUGGGUCCAUAAUAUAAUCAAUCACUGCAUUAAGUUCCUUCCAGAUGGGUGACCCUUCUCCGUAAACUGGGAAUAUUGGGUAUCUUGUACGAAGUUUCCCCACACCAUUGAUUUCUGGCAGCAUAAUCCUUGUGCCUGAAGCAACUACCUGUCUAACUUUUCCAUCUGGGUCCAAAACGCAUGAUGUACCUGCAAGAUAAUCAUUAGAACAUGUAAAAAAAAUUCAUAAUGAUUUUCCUUCCAAGCAGGGUAUAUCUAAUGGAGGAAAAUAUUGUUUGAGAACAAUAGAGACAAAAUAAAAUUUUUCAUUGAUGCAUUAGAGGCAUGUGUCUCUGAGUGAUAAUAAUUAUUCUUCAUUGAACCAUUUUGAUUAUUGUCUGAUUGUUUUGCUGUUCUCUGACUGAUUUGAAUUUUGAAUGCUUAUUUUCAUCAUCAGAUUAGAGAAGGUUUAUUUCGAUCAAUUUUUACUUUCAUCAUUAUUCUUCAUUGAGUCAUUUCAAUCAUUUUCUGAUUAUCUCUAUUGUUUAACAUGCGCAAGGGACUAUCAUUAUUGCCAUGGUAGCGUAUAAUACCUCUGGUUGUGUCUGCAGCAUCAGUGUCGUGUUCUUCACCACUGAAAAAUGCCUUUGGAGUCAUGUAGUACGUUUUGCUAUUGAGCCCAUUCCAAUGCUUUGCUGGGUCCUUACAAUCUCCAUUUCGCCCGCCUUCAGUAACCUUUUUCCCUUCUGCACCCCUUGCCGAUCCUCUGUAAGUUAGAUUGUAAAAAUUCCAACUUGUCAAAGGAGUGAGGUAGAUCAUUUCAAGAGGAAUGGCAUACGAGUAUCGAUGCGUAACCAUCGGACAUUUUCUAUCCUUUCCGCGCCCAGUGCAUUUAGAUUUGUCUUCUCUUUGUAUUCCAGCAACCUAUUUUCCGAAAUGAGAAAGGCUGAGCUCAAUGCAAAAUGCUUCAUCUAAAAAAGUAGACCCGUAAAAAGCCAUUCAGUAGCAAUCAUACUCUUCGCUUGGGGGCAAUCAUUUCUUUGUCUAUGCAUUUUUAUCAAUGCGUUAAGGAAAUAGCCUACGUGGGUCAUAUACCCUAGUCGUAAAACAAAGCACGUACAAAUUUUGGAGAGUGAAUGGCUGCAAAAACGACGAAAGUUUUUUAACAUUUACUGGCACCAACGCUUAUAUUUAUUAGUAAAGGGGAUAUUUAUAAUAAUUAGUAGCUGUAUAAAAUGAUCAACUUCAACUCAUUUUCAAAAUUAGAACAUGUUUGAUGAAUAAAUGGCCCAUUUCUUUCGAAGAAAUAUGAUAGGUAAAUAUGACGGUGCAUUACAGCAUUGUAAUUAAGAACAGAAUACUGAGCUCCUUAGGCAUAAUCAGGUCUAAAAUUGAUGCUUAUUAUUAAAGACGACCCAAUAAUAACGAAUAACGUGUGUUUGAAUCUGAAAAAUAUAACGAAUGACCGAAGUAUAACGAUGCAAAAGUUGGCUUUGAUUUGAUUAGGUACCACACGCGUUUGGUGGGUUCUUAGUCUUUAAAAUGCUUCAGUGUACAAUUAUUCAUUGUAUACCUACUUUAGAUUGAUUGGUCUUUGCUGAAAAUAGGUAGUUAUCAGAGAAGCCUCGCAUGUAACGGCUCUGACCCAUUGCAUCUUUUCCCACCGUUUUGAAUAUCCUGUGAUAACGGGAAACGUCUUUUGGCUUACCCUGAAGAUCUGUGACCAUUGUUCCGUCUAAUGUUUUUUCGUAAAAUUCACCUGGAUAGUUAUUUUUGCCAGGAAUUUCCCCCAUCAAAACGUCCAAAAAUUCUUCAGCAGAUCGCUUUCCGGGAAUGCUUUUGUUAAGCCUGAAGCGAGCACUUCUUGAGUUUUGGUACUUUUCUCGUGUCUGUUUUGCAUACAUCCUGGUUUUCAUGUCCUCAACCAGCUCCAAAUGGCUCAGCGGAACAUGAUGUGACACUGGGUGGCAAGCAAUACGGUAGUUCCACUGCGCGAAAACCGGUAUAGAUUCAUUCACGAAUUCCAUUACGGUAGUUGGGAGGUAGGCCAAGUUCUCCAGACGACUUUUUGUCCCUUUUUGUAGAAAGAAUUAGUUUACUCCAUACGAGCAGUUGUUAAUCGAAAAUGAGUGAGCAGCUGUUAAUCGCUAUUACAAAAAGCCAUUACAAGAAUAACAUCUAGAAAAUAUGGGAAUGGUGAAUAUCAGAACUACUGAAAUUGUGAAAAACUGGCAUCAUGGAGUUUUGUUAAGUACUGUCCCAACAAGUUGCGCUUGUCACAAAAUAUAGUUAGAAGGAAUGGCACUUUUAUCUUAAGUAGGAAGCGGAGUAAAGCGUAAUGAAAUGAUGUUUGUCAUAGAAAGUAGCAAUACCUACAGCUUUGCCGUUUUCUAGGUUCAUUUUUGUACGUUAAGAAAAAAUUUAAACAAAGCAGGUUAAAGUUUAGCAGGAAUACGGUGCCUACUUGCAAAGAUUAGACAACACAAUGAACGAAUUGCCUUACCUGUGUAUGAAGUGUAUCUUACUCGUUCUUGUAAAUCAAACCAGUUAGCAGCAUCGAUAAAAUGACGAUCACUUUCAAAUGGUUCGUCAAUUUUUCCACCUGCUGUAGUCCAUGCUCCUUCCAAGUAACAAAGAACAGCUUGGAAGUAUUUUCUGUAGUCGUAAUUUGAAUAAUCACUAUCCCUCCAAGCUUUGAAAUAAUUAUGCAGUUCAUCGAUCUGUUCUUUCAAAGUGGUUUUUUUCAAAACUGAAGGUGGCACUUCUGGAAACGGGAUAGGCUCUGUUGCACCGUACGUGCUGCUGUUUCGAUGUGGCAUGUACAGCCUGUAGUCGUUGUGACGUGUCCUGAAUUCC